AUGCUAUCAGUAAUAUUAGCCUUGCUUCUAAUGCCUGUGGUCCUAUGCGACAUGCUGAAAAUAACGCAAUUUCACAAUGAUCCGGGAUUACAUUUUGAAGGCUUGGGAACAGUGAAACUUAACACGGCAGAAUGGAAAAUGUUGGUGUAUUACGAUUUAACGCCUUUUGCAUCAGAAAUAAAGUCGCUUUCAACCGGUUUACAAUCGCUUCAACAGAUGUGUCCUGUAAUUCAACAACACAAGAUGUGUGACAUGUUCGUGAGCAAUCUCAAACACAUUAAAAAUGAACUACUACAGGAAAAGGAGUUAUUUACCAACAGACGGUUUAAAAGAUCUCCAUUCAAUAUAGUCGGCAAUAUUGCGCGUUCACUUUUUGGUGUCCUUGAUGCUGAUUAUGCGGAAGAAAUGUCUAAAACCAUUAGCAAGGCAAGAAUCGAGCACGAGCACAUGACAAGUCUGUUGAAAGCCCAAACUUCAAUAGUUGACUCUACCAUUAAUGUCAUAAAACAGGAUGAGAUCGGCAAUCAACAAAAGAUACAAGAGAUCUCAGAAAUGGUUGAGAAAAUAAAUAAUGAUGUGGCUAAAGAGUCUUCCCAGUUAAAAAACUCGCAGCUUGUCGGACUCUUGUCAACGUACCUGGUAUUCUCCGCAAUGAACCUGCAGAGAGUAGAGUCGGAAAUCAUUAGUGUACUUACCGAUAUACAUAAUGGCAAAAUAAGUCCACUUUUACUGUCUCCUCAUCAAUUGAGAGAAGAAAUUAACAUAAUCAAGGCUAAUCUUCUAAUUUCGCAUGCUUUACCAACGGACGAUGAGAACUUGAUUGAGCUCUAUAAACUUAUGAGCGUCAAGGGUGCAGUGACAAAGCAUGAAGUCAUCUUCGAGGUCAAGAUACCCUUAGUCAAUCAACAGUUUUUUGAAUUAUUCAAGGUAGUACCCGUUCCAACAAUAAGGAAUGGCACCCAUUAA